GCGCGAGCCGCGCGACCAUGCACGCCGCAUCCAACGUCACGACCACCGCGACGCGCGCUCGCGCGGGCGCGCCGCGCGCGCCCGCCGCGACCGCGCGCGCCUCGCGCGCGUUCCCGUGCGCCCCUCGCGGCCGGAACGGAUUAUCAUCCUCCGCGUCUUCAAGCUGCUCGUCCGCGCGCCCCCAUCUCUCCCGCGGCGCCGCGGUCGUCCUCCGCGCGAGCAAGAGCGCGUCGUCAAAGCCCACCGCGACGGAGAUGUACCUCUCCCUGCGCGAGAUGGAGCGCCUCGCCGCGGAGCGCGAGAUGGCGUGCGUCGCGAACGCCGUGGGCGUCGCGCAGCAGACGGAGUGCACGGUCGCCUUCCUCGAGGAGGCGGAACAGAUCGAGAUGGCGUCUCUCGCCGCCGCCGCCGCGGGCGCGGACGUCAGCGACGAGAAGACCGUCGCGCGCGCGGCGGUUAAGAGCGCGCACGAGACGCGCAAAAAGAUCGUGGAGGACGCCGCGGAGGCGGAGAUCGCGUGCGUGCAGGGCGGCGGCGGCGGCGAGUGCACCGUCGCGUUCAACGACGCGUGGGACCGCGCGGAGGAGGCGGAGCGAGAGGCGGUCUUGCGGCACCGAGGGAUCUUGAGGCGGUGGGUGAAGGCGCACAAGAAGAGAGACGCGGGCGCGCGGUGACGGAGGGACGAGCGAGGGACAGCGCGCGCGUCGUGAUGAGUAAGGUUAUUAGUCGUCGUCGUCGUCGUAUGAUGAUUUAAGACAUCGGGCAAAAGUCCUUAA